UCCUUCUUUCACUUCACAAAAUCCUCAUUUCUCCUUCUCUCUCCAUCUCCACGAAAAAUGGUCCUAAACAGCGUGAUACGCAGAGCUUCGAGAGUCGUACCUUUGGCCAUUAGGGCUUCCGCCGGAAGUCAGAGGUACCUGCACAACCACCAUCAUGGCGCAGCCGUUCGCGCCGCCGUCAAUCAAACUUCACGCAAUUUCUUUCCGAGGGUAUUUCACCACUACUCCACCAAGCCCAAAUCGGACGAGUUGCUCCUCCGAGUUCUCAAGUCCGAGAUUAUCGAGACUCAGACUGAAGAAGAGAUCGAGAUUCCCGAAUCCUUCCCCUUCCACAUCAUAGACGUUCCUUGUCCUAAAGAGACUAUAACACUGGUCAGAGAAUAUAAUAGAGAAAACAUCAGUGUUGAAGUCCAAAUACCUGAUGUCCAAAUACCUGAUGAGGAUGAUCGACAGAUAACACAAUAUUGUUUGCCGAUGCUCAUUAAAGUCUCCAAGCCUAAUUCACCGAGCUUAGAGUUUUCUUGCGGUGCUUAUUUUGAUGGGACUACUAUUGAUAGCAUGAGCAUCAAAGACCCCGAGGUCUCUGAGGAUCAAAUAGCAUAUGAAGGACCUGAUUUUGGGGAUUUGGAUGAGAAUCUGCAGAAAGCCUUCCACAAGUAUCUUGAAAUCAGAGGAAUCACACCUACCAUGACAGCUCUCUUGUGCAAUUUAGUUCAAGACUGUGUAGAGCGUUGGGAUAAGCAAGACCUUGAUCUCUUGUUUGAUUCCGAGCUAAUUGAUGUAGAAGAUGUCUGUGUCUCGCCAUCAGGUAUCAAUUUUUUUGGAAAUGAAGUUUAAGAAAAUAGUUAGUAGAUAUGUUAAGUAGAAAUAAUUGACUGUGGUUGAAUGGAAAUGAAGUUUAAGAAAAUAGUUAGUAGAUAUGUUAAGUAGAAAUAAUUGACUGUGGUUGAAUGGAAAUGAAGUUUAAGAAAAUAGUUGGUAGAUAUGUUAAGUAGAAAUAAUUGACUGUGGUUGAAUUGAGUGUGAGGUCAUAUGAAAAUGAGUGAUCUUAAGAAAAUGAGAUUAUGUCUCAAAAAUGAAAAUGGUAUACUUUUUAUGAACGCCCAGAGGGAUAAUUAUGGUACAUUUUUUUAUGGAUGAAUGUC